AUGGCCGGCGGAGGAGAUUCCACGGGCGCCCGCCACAAAGCUACAUGGCACAUCGGCGAGUGGGGCAACCCCUACGAAGGUGGCGGCAUGCCCGGCAAGGGCGUCACGACGUACGCCCUGAGCUCGAACCGACAGCGUCCUUUCGCCGGCUUCCUUACCAAGGGAACUUGGAACACGGUGCGCCGGGCGCGGAACCAGAUCCUCUACGUUAUCCCGCCGUUUAUCGCGGCGUACGCCGCGAUGCAGUGGGCUAUUGAGAGGAACGAGUAUUUGAACUCGAAGCCGGGUCGUCAGGAGUUUGGCGGCGAGGAAUAG